CCACACACAGACACACUCCACCAGCGCAAAGAGUCACAGCAUCGAUCACUCACUACCACCGCGCGCAAGUCGAUCGCUCGCCAAGACGACGUGCCGUGCCGUGCCGUGCGUGCAUUCCGGACAUGUCUCGCCGGCCGCUCGCCCUCGCCGCGGCGCUCCUGCUGCUGCUGCUGGCCGCCGCCGCCGUCGCCGUCGUGGACGAUGCCGUCCGGCCGGGCGCCGGGGAGGAGCUCGCGGGCGUUGGGUCGUCGGCGGUGAAGUCGGCGAUGGCGGCCGGCGCCGACCCCGACCCUUCCUCCUCCGUCGACGGCGUCCCGGCCGACCCGGCGCCGGACGCCCGCGGCUAAUCAAAUCAUUAAACCGUGCUUCAUUUGUUGUUCUAUGAAUGAUUAUGCUUUUGUUGAUGUCCUUUGUGCGUUCGUGAUCGACUUUAAUUUGUCAGUGUGGUGAAGCUAGCUAGCUUCGGAUCAAAUCCAAGAAAAGCUUGAAAUUGAUCAGACUUAACACCA